GGAAUUCCACUCUUCUAUUCAUCAUGCCUGAACCAGCGAAGUCGGCGCCUAAGAAAGGCUCAAAGAAAGCAGUGACAAAAACUGCCGGAAAAGGAGGAAAGAAACGCAGAAAGUCCAGGAAGGAGAGCUAUGCCAUCUACGUGUACAAAGUCUUGAAGCAAGUACACCCUGAUACUGGAAUUUCCUCCAAGGCAAUGGGAAUCAUGAACUCCUUCGUGAACGACAUUUUCGAGCGCAUCGGUGGAGAGGCAUCUCGUCUGGCUCAUUACAACAAACGUUCCACCAUCACUUCCAGGGAGAUCCAGACUGCAGUGCGUCUGCUUCUUCCCGGCGAGCUGGCUAAGCACGCAGUGUCUGAGGGAACCAAGGCGGUUACCAAGUAUACCAGCUCCAAGUAAAACGUGUUCUUAAUGUCUAAUAA